AUGGACUCCAUGAGCUCAGAGCCAACCGUAAGCCACGUCGUGGCGCUGCCGUACCCUGGUCGAGGCCAUAUUAACCCAAUAAUGAACCUUUGCAAAGCAAUAGUUUCGAAAUCCGACAACAUUCUAAUCACCUUCGUGGUCACUGAAGAGUGGCUCAGCUUCAUAGGCUCUGACUCGAAGCCUGACAAAAUCCGGUUCUGUUGUAUACCCAACGUUUUGCCAUCCGAGCUGGUCCGAGCUUCUGAUAUGGCUGCAUUCUUGGAAGCUGUUUGGACUAAGAUGGAGGCUCCAUUCGAGCGGCUAUUAGAUGAACUUGAGCCUCCGGCUACUCUUAUUAUCGCUGACACGCAUCUCUUCUGGGCAGUAUCUGUUGGAAAUAGGAGGAACAUUCCUGUUGCGUCCUUUUGGCCCAUGUCAGCUUCCAUGUUUCUGGUGUUUCAGCAUUUUCAUCUUUUCCAGGAAAAUGGUCACUUCCCAGUGGAUUUAUCAGACAACGAGACAAAGCGGGUGGACUACAUUCCAGGGGUUUCCUCGACAAGUUUAUUGGACCUUCCAGGGUUUAAUGGAGGGAUCUAUCCGGUUAUAUUGAAGCAAAUCUUGUGCUGUAUUUCGUGUGUGGGCAAGGCACAAUAUCUGUUGCUUCCUUCAAUCUACGAGCUUGAAUCUCAAUCCAUUGAUGCUUUAAAGGCAGAGUUUUCCUUCCCGAUCUACACAGUUGGCCCUGCCAUACCUUGUUCCAAACCUGGAGACAAAUCCUGCUCAAGUCCUAGCCAAGUUGAAUCUGACUGCUUACACUGGCUUGACAGACAACCUAGCAACUCUGUUUUGUAUGUGUCACUGGGAAGUUUUCUUUCAGUUUCAAGUGCCCAAUUGGAUGAAAUAACAGCCGCUUUGCAAGACAGCGGUGUUCGGUUCUUGCUGGUGGCUCGAGAGGAGACUUCCAGGCUGAAGGAUGGUUGUGGUGAUAAGGGGUUUGUGGUGCCUUGGUGUGACCAACUGAGGGUACUAUGCCAUCCUUCCGUAGGGGGAUUUUGGAGUCAUUGCGGGUGGAAUUCUGUUCGAGAUGGUAUAUUUGCAGGUAUUCCUUUUCUUACCUUCCCUCUAUUUGCUGAUCAAAACCUGAACAGUAAGCUCAUUGUAGAGGACUGGAAGAUUGGGUGGCGAGUGAAACCACAGUUCACAGAGAAUUUGGUGGCAAGAGGCGAAAUUUCCUUUCUGGUGCAAAAGUUUAUGCAUUUGGAGAGUGAUGAAGGGAAACAAAUUAGGCACAGAGCCAAAGAGCUUCAGGAGAAAUGUCUACAUGCCAUUGGGAGGCGUGGAUCAUCCGAAACCAAUAUUAACUCCUUCAUUCAGAACAUUUCAGAAUUUCAUGGCCAUUGA